GCAGAGAGUCGGGAAAUAGGUUUAACAAAAGGAACACCCCGGCUACAAUGUGAGGAGGAACGGUAAUUUACUAAAUCCAACGAAAUCAAACCAAACGGGAGAGAAGAGUAUCCGAAGUGCAACGGAAGCAGUGCCCUUCCCGCAGCGAGCUGAGCCGGCCCGACGGACGGAGAGACGGCCGCGGUCCGGUCCGGAGCUCCGCCUCGCUUCUCCGCGCCGAGUCCUCCCGGGAUGCCACUCCUCCCCUCCAUCAGAGCGCUCAAACUGCCCAUCAGAGGCAGCAGACGGAACCAGAACGUGAACUCGUGCACUCCCACCUGUUCCCGCGAUGUUCUGAUGUGGAACACGGACAACGAAACAUCGCCAAACCGCAACAGCGGCAAAAUGGAAGAAAGAUGUUCGAGUAAAGGUGGUAAAAACUCAUGUACCUUUCUCCUGCCUCAGAAGAAGAAAAAGAAUUGGGAUGAAUGAAGGGAUUUUGAUCAAUAGAAAGACAUUUAAAAUAAUUUUCACUUUUUAAAAAUGGUUUUCUUAAUGAGUGAUGAAUCAAAAUCCAGUUUGAUUCAAAAUGUGUGAAAAUGAAAUUAUUUGAUGUGCCCCAUGAAAAACGCGGAUUUGUUUUCUAAGGCUGUGUAUGGGAACUGUUGAAUCACGGCCUGAACCUCUGAUUGACCACCUGAAGCGAGUGCUGAGUCAGCCGCAGGGGCACAGGUGAAUGCAAUUUCACCUGAGUGACUGGGCGGGAUGGAGCCUGGCUCCACCCCCUCCUAGACCCCAUUUAAGGGCUGACUCCCAAGGAGGAAGGAUCUCUAUCUGGAGAUUACCUGUCUUGGAGCCCUUCUGUGAGCCUAGGAUACAGAAUGAAAUGUACUGUACCCUGGAGUUCAUCGAACCAUACAGAUGUCCUCUUCAGCUCCAAAUCCAGCUCAUCCAUCUGAGAUGGAGCAGGUGAGCAUCUUCCUCCAUUAGCUUUAUCUUGAUCAGACACCUCAGUCAAAUCCAAGCCUCCACCAAGCUAUUUGAAAUAUGCUUUUACAAUCAAGGAGACAACAGACUUCCCAGCUUACAAACUUGCUGAAACGAACUUACGCUAAUCCUGCAUGAAGCGCUGUGGUGAAUUUUCACUCUCUUUGGACUCUGAGGACUCAGCUAACAUACAUUUGCCCGACGGUCUCAGUUUAGCCACACAGCGGUGCCAUUCCUUCCUUGUUAAGCAGGCAGUCAUGAGAUGUAUAAAGCCGUCUGAUGUCUGUCCUUGCCUGUACUACCCACACCUGGAAACACUGGGGUUUUCCAGAUUCCAGGACCACGUGCCUGAAACAAAUUUUGGUUCUCCUCUAAGCAGAGCUGUUGGACAGACUUGCUGGCACUAGGAAUUAAACAUGGCAGGCAGUGGGAGGAGGCCGAUGAUUUGUUAAGAGCAGCUUCUGAAUGCCUUUUACAGCUGCACGGUUCCUCAGAAAGCAGUUACGCCUGCCAGCUGUGUAAAAGCCAUCCCUUAGAUGCUGUGCUGUACAGCUAUGGAGCCUUUGCACACCUGCAUUGCAUAUGGCUUUGCAUAGUUUAGAGGAAUUUAGCCAGCAAGACUUCAGGGCUGUGCGAUAAGGAUGGAAAUAUCCUCAGCUGUUUGAAAGAGAAAGAGGUCUGUGUCAGCAGAAACCAGGCAGUGCUAGGAAGAAGCAACUGCUGGCAAGAGCUGAAUGCAGCUUUUCCCUCUCCCUGCGCCACAACUCAAACCAUUUGCUCCAGGAAAAGACCACAUAAUAAGAUGAGAAAAUCACUAGCUGGCAGUUGUUAUUCCUGUGUCAGCCUGGGAAAUCCAUCCUCUGUGUGCUGCAGUUGGUGUUUGGCAAGUCCCGGGGAGCCCUCAGAAAUGGAAGUCAUAGCCCUAGCAGGUAUGGGUGCGAAGUCAGCUUUCAAAACAUGUUUUUGAGCAGCAAAGAAUUCAUGCUUUCAGUGUGCUUGCAUCUCCUCCUUGUGUUCAAGCCCAUGCAUAACAUGUUCAGUCAUCCCAUCUUUCCUAAAUGGGUCUCGUGUUAGCUUGAGAUCGGGACCUGCCAGAUCACACGAGCCUCGUGCCUUUCCCCUGAGUUGUUUUUGAAAGACAGUAUAUGGGCACCCCUCCAAGAAGGCUCAGACAGGAGUGGUCUGUCCCCCCAAACCACUGAUCAUUUCUCUGUUUCCUUGGAAUUUAGUUGGAUCACAGUAAACGAUUGAAGUUUCUGUGCCCGUGUCCACCAAUGCCGUAAGCUGUUGUACAUUUUUUUGGGACCAAAGAAUUGUUCGUUCAACAUGGGGCCUCUGGUCCUGUCUGGAGGCCCUAGUUAAAUCCUCUGUCAUGCCAUAAACUGUCUGAUGGCCAGGUCUUUUUCCUCAGGUGGCUUGGGCAUCGUAGCUCAAGUCACCUGAGGAGGCUUUUUGCUUCAAUUAGGGAAUGCAGAGGAUAACAAGAGCUAACAUCACUGUGGCCUACAGCUUCCUCACAGUAGGAAACAGGGAGAAAAGCAGAGAUCACUUUCACCUGGUGACCAGCAGUAGGACCUGGGGGAACUGCAUGAAGCUGCGUUGGCUGGGCACGUGCUGCCAUUGGCUGGCUCUCCUAAAAGACUGACAGAUGCUGCUUUUCUCUGCCACCUUCAGUGAAACUGUGUGGAAGUUCACCUUGCAGAUCAUCUCCAGAUCCAUCAUCACGAAGCUGCGGCAGGAGGACCUUGCCCUGACCAACACCAGACUACUGCUUUGUCUGCAGGAACUGGGAGCAGAAGCAUGCAGCCCUCUGCAACCUCUAUGGCAGCAUUUCCAGGCCUUAAUCUUCUGCCAGGUGACCCAUCGUCAGGGCUUCCCUCAGGCUGCUGGAAUCAGUGCGUGCAGCAGUAACGAUCACAACCUGUGAAGCUCACACAGCCUAAAGUGUAGAAGCCUUGCAGAGAAAUCUUGUCUAAUGAGAGGGCAAUCAGCAAACGUGGGAAAUUUAACAAGAGCAACUGCCUGAUUCUGCACAUGGGACUGGACAACCCUGGUGUUAUGCUGUAGGAAGAGACUUAGCACUAGUAACUAAAGUAAAUGAGGUUGUAUAGAAACGUAGCUUUCUCCUCGUUGCAAAAGCUCGCUGUUAACAGCGAAGAAGAGGAUUCAACUGGAUAAGUUUCAGGAGACAUCAAGAAUGACGGGAUAAGAUCUGUAUAGCAACACGUGGAGAAGUACUGCCUGUUCUGGAAAGAUGCUGCCCAGGAAGCACCACCUGGAACUGGAUGAACGGGUGAAUGAAGAGGGAGAGACACAGGCCCAGAAAAUUAGAUUGGUUAAAAAGGACAAUUUGAGAUGGAACUAUGCAAGGAUGGGGUUGUGGCAACUCAUGAAAACUAUGGGAUUGAAAGUAACGGAAUUCUUCUUAAGAGAUGUUCGCCUUGGGCUGUAAAUCACAAGAACUGCAAACAAAUGAGGAUAAGGGACAGUCAGAGUGACCUACUGAAAGCAGAAGUCAAAGCUUGAACCAGAGAAUGUUGGAGGGGGCAGCAGCAUGAUUCCUUCAGCACAAGGUGACAGGAGUGCAAGUGCUGCCACGGUUUCUGGAGACCCAGGUGGGACCCUAUAGGUGAUGGCCAUCAGACCCUCCCGCCUCAAAGCAUCUGGCUGCCAGCAGUGGGCUUGGCUCUGUGCGACGCUCACUGUGGCUGUAGCAGCAGUGGUGGAAGCAUGGUGCAAGUGUGGGGGGCCGUGGCCCCUGCCCGCCUUGUCCUUCUCCUCGUCCUACUGCUGGCCAUGUGUUUCCGGGAGACCUGCACUGCUCCACGGCGAGCACCGGGAGCAGAUGAUGAGCUUGGUGCUCCCUUCCUGGAGAGUCCAGACUUCAUGCCUGUGCCUGAGGGACAGCCUGGAGGCCCUGCUGGUGAAUCAGCAGAUCGGAAUCCUGUCCAUGAGCCUGAGGGGGAUGCUGGAGAUGUGACUGGAGGAGGCAAUCCAGCUUCCCUUCUGAGUUCCGGGACUGAAACGCCGGUGGAUCGCGUGGAAGUGCCCCCAGGGAGGGCUUUGCACGCUCGUUGGUUCCUUCCUGUGCUGGAGCCCAGAAAGGAUGAAUCCAGAAGAGGAAAAUACUCACGGGGGUCCUCCCGUCUCCUAAAGGAACUGCUGAAGGGAAUGGAGAUGGCAGCUCAUGGGACUGACCGACGGACUGCGCAGAAGGAGGCACUGCAGGAAUGCAGCCAUCCCAGACUGCCAGCCUCAGACAAAGGAACACAGGCAGCGCCAACAACUGGCAUGCCAAGUAAUUUCUGUCCCAGAAAUUUUUCAUCAGGGAUGAACGCAGGGAAAAACACAAAGGCUGCUGUUUGCAGAUCUGUGCAAAAGCGCCACAUCGCAGUGCUGGUACUGCUCUCAGCUGUGCCGCUGUCCACGCUGGUGCUGGUCUGCGUUGCUGUGUCAUGCACGUGGAAAAAAUGCCUAGUGUGCAAGAGAGAAGAGAGAGCAGGAGAACGCGCUCAUCCCGACACCAACUGGGAGAGAGUUCCAACUGGAGAUGAAGGGAGAGUGGAGCUGGGAGAGGCAACAAAAGAGAUUCUUGCCCAAGCAAACAAGAAUCUCAGCAACAGUUCCAGUCCGUUCCAUUCUGCCAUCCAAGAGGCCAAAGAUCUUCAAACUGAUCUGGAAGACCUGGAGCGUGAACGCAAAGCCAUGAAAGAGGUCCAUGGGAACAGCUGUGAGUGCUGCUUUCUGUCAGAGGACGGCCCUGAAAGUGAGAGCGGAGGAUCAGCAGUAGAGCGUUUGUCCUUCACCCUGCCUUCUCCAGGACAAGUAUCACCAAUGCUUAGAAGAUUCUUAGCUCGCCGUAGCUACGAUCCUUUUGAGGGUCCUAAUGAGGACCCAGAAAGUGAGCUUCCUCUGACCGCUGGACAAUACGUUUAUGUCUUUGGAGAUGUGGAUGAGAAUGGCUGGUUUCUGGGAGAGCUGACAGAUGGCACAAGAGGACUGGUCCCUUCCAAUUUGGUUGCAGAGGUUUCAGAUGAUGACCUGGAUACGACGCUGCCUCCAAAGCUUCGUGAUCUCCUGCUGGAUACUGAUGGUUAAGUGGAUGCAGAGAUUCCAUAAUGCAGCAACAUCCUGUCAAAAUUCUUGCAUUACUCCAUCUGCAAGGCUACCGCCCUGCUCCACUUGAUGUUCAAGUGAAGUGUGAGCAGCAUGUGGAUGAGCUCCUUCUGGAACAGCCUGAGAUGACUGACAGUGCAACUGCAUGGUCUUACUGCAUAUUAAAAAAUAUUAAAACAAACAAA